AUGCAGGUGAGGAACCGGGAGUCGCACCAGAGCGGCGGGGCCAACAUGCUGGAAGUGGACGAUCCCCGAAAGAAGUCGUCGUGCUUCUCAAAUAUCAAGAUAUUCCUCAUUUCGGAAUGUGCCCUCAUGUUGGCUCAGGGCACCGUCGGAGCUUACCUGGUGAGUGUGCUGACCACCCUGGAGCGACGCUUCAACCUUCAAAGCGCUGACGUCGGCGUGAUAGCUAGCAGCUUUGAAAUCGGCAACCUGGCGCUGAUCUUGUUUGUCAGCUACUUCGGGGCUAAGGCGCAUCGGCCACGCCUGAUUGGAUGCGGGGGCAUAAUCAUGGCACUAGGCGCCCUACUCUCAGCUCUCCCCGAGUUUUUGACGAAACAGUACGAGAUUGGGGAAACGUUUAGGACGGACAUGGGGAGAGACGUGUGCUCGAACGCCAGCAGCAGGGAAGUCCAGUUGGCCGAGGACAAAGUUUGUGCUAAUAAGACCAACACCAACAUGAUGUACCUGCUGCUGAUCGGGGCUCAAGUUCUGCUGGGCAUCGGAGCCACGCCUGUGCAGCCCUUGGGCGUAUCCUACAUUGAUGAUCAUGUCAAGAAGAAAGACUCAUCACUCUACAUAGGUAUCCUCUUUUCCACGCUGGUGUUCGGCCCCGCCUGCGGCUUCAUUCUAGGCUCCGUCUGCACCAAAUUCUACGUGGACGCCAUCUUCAUUGACACCGAUAAACUGGGCAUCACCCCGGAGGACCCGCGGUGGAUCGGGGCCUGGUGGGUGGGCUUCCUCCUCUGCGGUGCCUUACUCUUCUGCUCGGCGCUCCUGAUGUUUGGCUUCCCGCAGUCGUUGCCCGUCAAGGAUGGAGAGGACGGGCCGGACAGCCAGCAGGCAAUGCUUCCUCCUGCUCCUCUCAGUCCCGACUCGGACGCUCCCAAGCCCAGCAACGGGGCCGUAGGGGAACACAAGCUGUCCAAUAGCCCCACCUGCUGUCAGCAACUCAGGGUGAUCCCUAAGGUGACCAAACACCUGCUUUCCAACCCGGUGUUCACAUGCAUCAUCCUGGCCGCCUGCAUGGAAAUUGCCGUGGUGGCCGGUUUCGCCGCUUUUUUGGCCAAAUAUCUGGAGCAACAGUUCAACCUCACCACCACCUCGGCCAACCAGCUGCUAGGUAUGACAGCUAUCCCAUGCGCUUGUCUGGGGAUCUUCAUGGGUGGCCUGCUGGUGAAAAAGCUCAACCUGUCAGCGCUGGGAGCCAUCCGAAUGGCAAUGUUGGUCAACUUGAUUUCCACCGCUUGCUACAUUUCCUUCCUGUUUCUGGGCUGUGACACGGGCUCUGUAGCUGGUGUGACUGUCACGUACGGCAACAACACGCUGCAAGUGGGCAAAAAGCCGGAAGCGGCGUGCAUCAAUCAGUGCAACUGUUUCACGUCAUCCAUUAGCCCCGUGUGCGGCUCCAACGGCGUCACCUACCUGUCGGGCUGCUUCGCCGGAUGCAACCACAUCAGCGCUCAGAACUUGAGCGGAUGCUCUUGCGUGUCGACCGAGAGCGAAAUGGCCACGGCUGUGCCGGGAAAAUGUCCGACGGCUGGCUGCCAGGAGGCCUUCCUCAUCUUCCUCUUCAUCAUCUGCGUGUGCAGCCUGGUGGGCGCCAUGGCCCAGACUCCCUCCGUCAUCGUCCUCAUCAGGACCGUCACCCCAGAACUCAAAUCCUACGCGCUGGGCGUCUUGUUCCUUCUGCUGCGACUCUUGGGUUUCAUCCCACCUCCGCUGAUUUUCGGUGCCGGCAUCGACUCCACGUGCCUGUUCUGGAGCUCGGACUGCGGCGAGAAAGGCGCAUGCCUGCUGUACGACAACCUGUCCUAUCGCCGCCUGUACGUGAGCUUGGCGAUCUGCCUCAAGGUGGUGGCCUUUCUGCUCUACAGCACCACGUGGUACUGCCUCCGACGCAACUACAACACUUAUAUCAAGAGCCACGAGGCCAACAUGUCGCCCAGCGACUUCUACCCGUCGCUGUCGGACGCUCCCAAAGUGGACAGGACUCAGUUUAUAUACAACUUGGAGGACCACGAGUUUUGCGAAAACAUGGAGUCGGUUUUAUAG